CCUCCCGUGAAUUCAGAAACCAAAAGCCCAAACAAGAAGUGAGACCACAAAACUCUUUAUUUCAGAAAGAAAACCCCAAACAGAGAGCUCCAACUCCAAGUUAGCUGUACUAGAAACGAACACACAGCCAAAAAAAAAAAAAAAAAACACUAUGGCAGUCGCAUCUAAUCUCACCAAUUUCACCUCUCUCGUUCUGAAUUCUCCGCGCACUUUCUCUCCCAUCAGCAAGCCCUCCGUUUGCUCUAUUCCUUUCAACAAUACUCGUGGCCUCAGGACCAACUCAAUCUCGAGUUUUGCCACCAAUGGCUCAAGAACGCACAGACCCUUUUCGGUUCAGGCCAUGGCUUCUUCGUUCGGGUCUCGGCUCGAAGAUAGCGUGAAGAAGACAGUGACUGAAAACCCAGUUGUUGUUUACUCCAAAACUUGGUGCUCGUACUCUUCUGAGGUGAAGUCGUUGUUCAAAAGGCUUGGUGUGCAGCCAUUUGUCAUUGAAUUGGACGAACUAGGUCCCCAAGGGCCACAAGUGCAGAAGGUUCUUGAGAGGCUUACUGGGCAACAUACUGUUCCAAAUGUUUUCAUUGGAGGCAAGCAUAUUGGCGGAUGUACAGAUACAGUGAAGUUGUACCGGCAAGGAGAGCUUGAACCUUUGCUGUCAGAAGCCAAAGCCAAAGCCAAAGCCAAAAGUACAGAAAGCUAGCCCUUGGAAAUGUUAUCUAAAAGAAUUUGACCCCAACGCCAACCUUGGACUUCUUUAGGAAGAAUGUCACUUUUAUUGCUCUACAAAUAUCAUACAUUAUAUGACUGAGGUUAGGUUUGGAUAAUGAGUUGAGAUGAGAUGGGUUGAGAUGAAAGUUGAAUAAAAUAUUAUUAGAAUAUUAUUUUUUAAUAUUAUUAUUGUUUUAGAAUUUGAAAAAGUUGAAUUGUUUAUUGUAUUUUACAUGAAAAUUUGUGAAAGUUAUAAUGUUGAGAUGAGAUAAGAUGAGAUGGGUAUUCACAUGAAGUCCUCAAGCUAAGGCAGUUGAUGGGAUUGGAAACGCAGAAGAUUGGAUGUGGUUGAAACAGUGAAUUUUUGUUUCUUUGGUUGCUGUGGAAUGAAUUUCUUAUUUGGUUUUCGAGUACACGUGUUCUCUUGGGAAUCAAAAUGAUUUUGCAAUUUUCUUCCUCAGAAAUUGAAUGAGGAAAUAACUGUCCAGUCAGAGGCAAAUAGGCAAUCUCUUUUUAUUUUCUGUUUACAGAACCUGUCUGGAAGUGAGAAACAAGUUACAAUGUGAUAUAAUUAUUCAACAUGUUAUGAAUUCCCUAUCCCUACCAUCUAUCACGGUAGACGCAUAUAAACUUAGUUAGGGUGUAAAAGACUGGUCUGAAAACCGUGCUUCCCUUGCUUAUGUUAAAAAGUAAGGGCGAGUCACCGUUAAACUUUGGCAUCUGAUCCCUUUUAGCUGGAAAAAUGGGGUCAACACUUGACACGGAUAUUCUUCCAUAACACUGACAUUGGUUUUGCAGGCCAUGAUAUUAUUCGUUGAAUGUAAAGCUGGAGACCAAAUUGCAAACCAAGAUGAUGAUGUAUUUAUGAUCAGGAAGGCUGUCUUGAAUUGCUGGGGACUUGUCUGCAAGUUUUUGAUCCAUGCCUGCAAGCGACUGAGCGAGGGAAGCUAUGAUCAGCUUCCACCACUUUGACAAAGGAAGGUCAUUGUUUAUUCAGGGUUGCCAACUAAUGAGAACUCAUGGGAAAGAUGCAAAAAGACUUUGCCGCCAUUAUUAUUGUAAGAAUAAUAUUGUGUUCGUUAUGAACAAUAUCGAACAAAAUCGAUCUGGAUAUACGCAGCAGCAACCAUAAAAUUAUAAGGAAGAA